AUGGAUGUUGUUGCUCUUGCUGCUGUCUUGGUUUAUACUUUUCCACAAUAUUUGACCGUCGAUCGAGUUUCGAGAUCAACAAUCCGUUUUCUUCUACUUGAUAUUUCAUUGUUCUCUUUUUGGCGCAUGUUCAUAUAUCCUUUCUUUUUUAGUCCUCUUCGUCAUCUACCAGGUCCAGUGUCUUACAACUUCCUCUGGGGCAAUGGCUCUUCACAAUUCAGCAAACCACCUGGAUAUGAAAUUCAACAGUUCGUUAAAGAUGUACCAAAUGAUGGUUUACUACGCAUUCGAUCAUUUGCAAAUAUUGAAAGACUUAUUCCUACAUCUCCUAGAGUAUUGAAAAGUAUUCUAGCUGGAAAUUCAUACGAUUAUGAAAAACCAUCUGGGGUUCGCAAAUUUCUCACCUUGAUCUUGGGUGAAGGACCUAUCAUGUCAGAAGGUUCUCUUCAUAAAUUUCAACGCAAACAUUUGUUACCCGCUUUUCAAGUCAAACAUAUUAGAGAACUAUAUCCAGUUUUUUGGUCCAAAGCUCUUGGUCUUGUUGAAGGUAUCUCCCAAGAAAUUACUGAAACAAGUACACUGGAAAAAAGAAAUGAAUCACAUAUCGAAUUCAAUGAAUGGGCUACUCGUGUUACAUUGGAUAUAAUUGGUGUUGCUGGAGUAGGUAGGGAUUUCGGUGCUCUUAGAAACCCAGAUGAUCCUCUAGUACGAGACUAUAACGAACUUCUCGAACCUACCAUUAGUAAAGGUCUUUACUUUGCAGCCAACAUUUUCGGUCCUCAAGAUCUCAUUCAAAAACUCCCUUUCAAAUAUAGCAAAGUAAUUGCUGAAACAACAGGGAACCUUCGUACUUUCUGUCGCGAAGUCAUCGAUGAAAAACGUCAGGCAGUACGCGAAGGUAAAACAGUCGAUGGAAUGGAUAUCCUAAGUAUCCUCGUCCGUUCCAACGAUUUCAGUGACGAAGAUCUCGAAGAUCAACUCCUUACAUUCUUAGCAGCUGGUCAUGAAACUACUUCUUCAGCUCUUACAUGGGCUAUCUAUCUCCUAGCCAUUCAUCCAGACUGGCAAAUCAAACUUCGUCAAGAAAUCCACGCCGCAAUCCCUUCACCCUCCAAUACAAAUCCCACAGAACCAAAUCACACUAUCAUCGAUUCCCUCCCAAUCCUAAACGCAGUUAUUCAAGAAACCCUCCGUCUCUACCCUACCGUUCCUCUCUCCGUCCGUACCUCCACAAGACCUACAUCCAUCACCCUCCCGGAUUCCUCCACACUCCACAUCCCCAUCGGGACACGUAUGCUCAUCUCCCCCUUAGCCAUCAACCGCUCCCCAGAACUCUGGGGCCCUAAAGCCGACGAAUGGUCUCCGGAACGAUGGCUCGAAGAUGGAUGUGCCAAUACCGGGGGCGCGGAUAGUAAUUUUGCUAAUAUGACUUUUUUUCACGGAGAGAGAAGUUGUAUAGGGAAGGGAUUUGCAAUUAGUGAGUUUAGGUGUUUGUUAGCGGGGGUGGUAGGUGGUUUGGAGUGGGAGAUGUGGGAUAAGGGGGAAGUGGUGAGGGUCGGGGGUGUAGUUACUACGAAACCAGUGGGAGGGAUGAAUGUUAGGAUGAGGAAGGUUGAGUGGUAG